AUGGCGAGAAGGCUGCCGAGUAUGGAUCGAUACGAUUAUCCCAUUCGCAUUGGAGAGAUUUCGCCGGAGCAGGAAAGAGCGAAUUCGAAAUGCUUCCGUGCCUCUCUAGAACCUGGCGUUCCAACGCCUCAGUCCAGAGAACGUGGUGAUCAAGAUGGCGGUCUCCGAAGCUUUGGAGGGUUAAAUACCACGAGACUUGCUCCUGUCGCGUCGGGAAGAGGACACCAGACCUUUGGCCAGGUCUGGCAAUCUUGGGGUGUCUGA